UCCUCCUGGCAGGCCAUGGGGCGCGGGGGGGUCCUGGCUGCCCCAGAAGACCCCGAGGAGCGGCGGGGUGCCCAGGGGGAAGGUGCCUACCCCUGUCCCCCGGAGUGCCAGGAGCUGGCUGCCGUCCCCACGCCGCAAGUCAUAAAACGUUUUCUGAAAGAGGACUCCGACGAGGGUGAGCUGACCCAGUUCCUGCGGGAUUGCCCAGCAGCUGACAGCUCCAGGAAGGUGGAGGCACCGGAGAGCCGGCGGGAGCCCGGCCACCCCCUGGGCAGCGUGGCCAGGGUCCCCCCAGAUGAAGGCAGUGACGAGAGGGACGCCAGGAUUUUCUCCCGCUCUCGGCCCUCGGAUUUCCAGCAGCAUAUUGCCGCCCCCCCGCCCCCCAGCCCCAACCGCCCGCGGAGCCCCUGGGGACAGCUGGACCCCUACGACUCCUCCGAGGAUGACAAGGAGUACGUGGGCUUCGCCACGCUGCCCAACCAGGUGCAUCGCAAGUCGGUGAAGAAGGGCUUUGACUUCACCCUCAUGGUGGCAGGGGAAUCCGGGCUGGGCAAGUCCACCCUGGUCAACAGCCUCUUCCUGACGGACAUGUACAGGGACCGCAAGCUGCUCAACGCCGAAGAGCGCAUCAUGCAGACGGUGGAGAUCACCAAGCACGUGGUGGACAUCGAGGAGAAGGGGGUCAAGCUGCGCCUGACCAUCGUGGACACACCGGGCUUCGGGGAUGCCGUCAAUAACACCGAGUGCUGGAAGCCAGUGGCCGACUACAUCGACCAGCAGUUCGAGCAGUAUUUCCGUGACGAAAGUGGCCUCAACCGAAAAAACAUCCAGGACAACCGAGUGCAUUGCUGCAUCUACUUCAUCUCUCCCUUUGGCCACGGGCUCCGGCCCCUGGACGUGGAGUUCAUGAGAGCUCUGCACCAGCGCGUGAACAUUGUGCCCGUGCUGGCCAAGGCUGACACCCUGACCCCCACUGAGGUGGAGCGCAUGAAGAACAAGAUCCGGGAGGAGAUCGAACACUACGGCAUCCGCAUCUACCAAUUCCCUGAGUGCGACUCAGAUGAGGAUGAGGAGUUCAAGCUGCAGGACCAAGCACUGAAGGAGAGCAUCCCCUUCGCCGUCAUCGGCAGCAACACGGUGGUGGAGGCCAAGGGCCGGCGCGUCCGCGGGCGCCUCUACCCCUGGGGCAUCGUGGAAGUGGAGAACCCAUCCCACUGCGACUUCGUGAAGCUGCGGACGAUGCUGGUGAGGACGCACAUGCAGGACCUGAAGGACGUGACACGGGAGACGCACUACGAGAACUACCGCACGCAGUGCAUCCAGAGCAUGACCCGCAUGGUGGUCAAGGAGCGCAACCGCAACAAGCUGACCCGGGAGAGCGGGACAGACUUCCCCAUCCCCGUCAUCCCUCCAGUGCCGGACGUGGAGACAGAGAAGCUCAUCCGGGAGAAGGACGAGGAGCUGCGGCGGAUGCAGGAGAUGCUCCAGAAGAUCCAGAAGCAGAUGAAGGACACGCACUAGCCCGUCCCUCCUCCUCCUCCUCCCCCUCCUGCUCCUGGCCCCAUCAGAAAUGUUUACAUCACGCUCCUCCCGCCCGGCCCCGCUGCCAGACUCGGUACCAACACCCACCCACCACCUUAAGCUGCGGCAUCGCCUUAUCCAACCCUCCAGCGCCCGCGGGGACGCCCGGGGACAGCGAGGGACAGGGCACCCAACCCGGGGUCCCCUGCCUCGCUCCCCCCCACUCACUGGGGACAGCUUGGUCCCCCAGGCUUUGGUUUCCUGUUUCUCCACAGCUCUGGGGAGGCCCCUGGCCAGCCUCGCCCCCACAGCAUGUCCCUUGUCCCCGUGUCACCCUGGGCUCCCUGCUUACUGCCUUUAUGCUCAGUUUGGCCCUGGCUUAAGGGAAGAGGAAAGGGGGGCACUGGUGCCAGCCCCCCAAAGGCCCCAGCUGUUGUGGGCCAGCUGUUGUGGGGGACGGGGCUGUUCCCCUGGCCUUGGCUGGCGUGAAGGGACAGCAGCUCCUGGGGACCACAGGGGACAGAGAAGGUGGAGGGACAGCCAAGGGACAGCCACCAUCCUGCUCCAUGCUAGCACCAGUGCAGGGGGACUGUGUCAAGCCCUAUGUCCUCACCCUGUCCCCACUGAGUGACAGCAGGGCUGUGGCACAAUGAGCAUCAGGGAAUCAGUGUCCCCAGGGAAAAUCCCUUGAACCCCAAAUCAGAGGCUGGGCACCCCCAGCCUGCUGUGAUGUUGGCCCUGUAAAGCAAUAAUGAAUGUCCUGUGCCCCUGGCACCUCUCACCCCAUGGCAACAGCACCGGCCCUGGCUGGAAUUUCAGCCCCUGCUGCCACUUGCUUGUCUGUGGUGUCCUGUGUGCCCAGGAUAUCCCUGUCCCUGCUGCUUCUUGGCACAGCAGCUCUGUGUAUUCUCCAAGGAUAUCCUCAUCUGUGCUGCUUCCCAGCGAAGCGCUGCUGCGUGUCCCCAUGUCCCCCAUGGUGUCCCCAUGUUCCCCACCACGUCCCGGUUGGUGUGGCUGCCCUGCAGAGCACUGCAGCUUGUCCCCCCUCCCCAGACUGUCCCCAUCCGUGUUGCUCUCCCAUAGAGCUGUGUUGCAUCUGUGUCCCCCUGGGAUGUCCCCAGCCAUGGCACCACUCUGCAGGGCUCUGUGUAGAGUCCCUGUCUCCCCAAGGAUGUCCCCAGCUGUGUUGCUUCCUGCAAAGUCCCACUGUGUGUCCCCAGGGUGAGUCCUGGCCACCUCUCCAGCAUCCCCGGGGAGAUGGAUCCAAACCCCUCCUGGGUCCGGGAGAGCCCGCAGGGGAUGGUGAGGAUGCAGCAGGACUGGGAGCUUGGGAGCAGUGGGGAUGUGUCCUGUCCCCAUCCGGCCCCCGAGCCGGGGUCCCCCGGGUGGGGCGUGGCUGGCGGAGGCCGUGCCCGGCCGGGGCUCGGCGGGUGGGGCCACAGGGUGCCAGGGCAGCACCCGGCCUGUGCCUCCCGUGUCCCCAUGCCAGCGGGGGUCCCGUGGCCCCCGUGGGCAGGGCCACCCCGGGCAGGGCCCCGCAGGGAAUAUUUAGCGCUUUCCUUUUUUUAAUCUCGCUAUUUUCUUACAGAAGCCCCACCCCUGGCAUGAUGGUCCUAGAGGCGUUUAUUAACGGAUCAGAGAGUAUAGGUUUAUAAAUUCUUAUAGAGUAGUGGAAAUAUUUUUAUCCCUCCACAACCGUUCUCAAUAAAUAUGGCUGACCUGGCUUGUCUGCAA